UUGAAGUUGUUAGUGUUUUGUUUAGUUUUUGUGUUUUCAUUUUUACCUGUAGUGAUAAUGACUUAAUAUUUAUAAUUAAGAUGUGAUAAAUUUCAUAAAUCGAAUAAGGAUAGCAUUCAAUUGAGGUAAUUUUUUUGUUAUUUAACAUUCAUAUUGAAUGUCUGAAUUUUAAGUCUAGAGUAGCGCAUACCGUGGCAUCUUUGUUGUUAAACGGUGUCAUCUAAAACAAUAAACAUUAUCUGGAAAAUUAUUUAUAAUUGCAGGUAUUACAUAUUUUAAAAUAUUUCUGCACUCACGUGGUACAGUUGCUUGUAUUGAAAUGCAAGAAAAAUGUUGAUUUUGGAAAUGAUUUAUUUGAAGAAUAAGAAGAUUAUUUUGAAAGGCAGUCCGCCCUGAUUGUAAUAAAUGAGCCCUCUUAGUAAAAAACACUUUAAACAGUGGAAUUUUUGUCUUUCCAAUUUCUACCAUGGCUCAUGUAGAAGCAGAGGUAUAUAAUGCAACAAGACCACGACGAGCAUGGGUAGAUGGUAAAAGCUCACAAAUGGAACAACCAUUCUAUAAAAGCUUGAAAUCUAAUUAUGAGGAGCAUGAUAGAGAGUCUAAAGAUUCAAAUAAAAAUAAAGGAGAAAGUUUUAGGCCUAUGGGGUCAAAAGUAAGUACCAUUGCUCACAUGUUUCAAGCUCUAUCACAGCAAAAGGUUGACAAUGCUUCUCUAAGAUCGCCUGUGAGUAAGGAAGCUCCAAAUAUAGAAAGAGUGCAGUCUCCUGAUCUAUAUAAGCCAGAAAGAUCAUCUUCCCUGCCUGCAUUUCCCAGCUCAAAUUGCUCCCUGUCACGCCGUGGAAGCCACCUUACUAGAUUCAACAAUGCAAAAGCUAUGUUUGAAAAUUUAGAAAGAAAGAAAUCAACUGAGGACAAAACUGUUUGUGAUAAGCGUGUUCGAGCAAGCACGACCCCUAAUACAGAAAGCUCUAAAGUGAAUAACCACUCUCUUGUAAAUUCCUCAAAUCUGAGUAAAAUAUUGCAAACAAAUAAAUCUAUGACUAAUGACUUCGAUUCAUCAAAUGUGAAAGAUGUACCAAUGAAAGAAUCAAGUAAUAUCAUUGAUUUCAAAACUACUCAAAUGUCAAAAUCUGAAAGUAAUAGAUCCUCACAAGAUUUAGUUUAUGCUAAACCUGUAUCUCCUAAAAUAACUGAAAAUCUGUAUAAUAUAGAUAAUGAUAAGAAGUCUGUGAUAAAAUCAUCUGUUAACUGUGAUUUCUCUAAAGAUUCUGAUAGCAUCUCUGUUGAACCAAAUUCCAACAGGAUGACUCAACUUAUGCACAAUGUAAAAAAUAAGAAUAGUUUAGAGUCAGAUCCGAUAAUAGUUAACACCAAACCUUGCAAGGUAUUUUCUUCGGAGGGUGUUCACUCCAAAAUAGUUCCACAAGAAAACAAUGCGGAAGAAAAGUAUGAGGAUAAAGAUAAGAUUACCAUUGAUACUUUUAGCAAAAUAACCACUGAGUCCCUAAGAUCAGUUUCACAGAAGUCUCUCUAUCGAAAACAAGAGUCUAACUCAAUUGCAGAAACAAAAAGUUUUCACCAGAAAGAAAAUUUAUCACCCCAGCCUUACAUUGAAAACAAAUCCAUUUUUUCGUCUGAUGCAAGAUUAAAAAGUGCUUUUGAAUUUGAAAAUAACCGCAUGAAAUCGAAUCUUCAAAAUAAAGUGUUUGAUAGUUCAAGCUAUGUUGUGCCUACAAUUUAUCGUAAGGAACCCAUUGGAGAAGAAAGAUUUAGUGCUUCUAUGUCUUCUUCAGCUCAAUUACCUAAAGAAAAAGAUUCUAAAAUACCACUAAUAGACAAUCAAGUAUGUUCCAAAGAGUCUGGAAACAGUGAUUUUAUACAAACUGCUAAAGCUUCUGAUAUGUCAGCUGGUUCUAAAAAAUUGCAGAAAGAUAUAGAUGUAAGCGAAAUUGCUGAGAAAUCUUCAUAUAUCCAAAGUACCACUGUAAAGACAACAAAAGCUCUACCAUCACUAAGUUCAGAUGUAGAAUUAGUAUAUGAUAGCUUUCAAAGUGCCUUAAAAAAUUCAAAAGAAUGUUAUAUAUCAUCUCCUUCUCAAAGUCCAGUGUCUAAGGAAGAUAUUUCUAUUAAAGAUGAAGCUGAACAGAGUGAUAAGUUACAGUCUGAUGUCCAUGAAAGUCAUGCAAUAAAUGAGCAAAGUGUCGUUUCAACUUAUGAAGUAUCUAAAAGGCAAACUGUUACUACUUUAAGAAGUAAUUCUUUUCCACCAGAUAAUUAUGAAGAAAAUGGCUCUAUAUCCCAAGAUGAUGUUUCACCAACAGUAGUUAUUCAUUCAGAAAAAACAAAGGAGACAGUCCAUAAUAAUUAUAAAUCUUUAUUUAAAGAAUUACAUGAUGAUCUACAAGAAAAGUAUGAUUCUGAUACUUUUGAAAAUCGAAGCAACUCUUUUGAAACUAAAGUUUUAAAUGUUGAUGAGAAUGAAAUGCAUAAUCAGUAUGAAUCCAGUGAAGAACAUAUGAAAGAUGACCUGAAAGAAACUUUCGUUGAUGAUACAUCAUCAGAUUGUCAAUACUCAGAUGAAUCAAGCAAUCAAGAAUUCUACUCUGUUUCAUCUCAUCAUCCUCUCAAUCAAAGUUAUGUCGUGAAUGAUAAUUUUCCUUUUGUAUCCCCACCUGAAUGGAAACAUCGAAAUUCAAAUUUUGUUGAAGAUAGAUAUAGGGGUUCAUCUGGAGCUGAUGUGAGUUUGCACGAUUCUGCUGGAGAAUCUUUAGCAGAAUUCCAGGAACAAGAUUUAGCUUUUAUACAAGAAGCUGAUUUAGAAGAUUUAAAACCUUUGGAUACCAGCUCAACAAAAAAUAGCAAUCUUGGAUAUAUAGAGCUAAUGACUGAAGAUGAAGCUGCUAAGUUAUUAAGUAGCAGGGAACAUCCAGCAUUGUUAAGUGAUGAGGAGGCAAGAGAAGUAGUAUUGCUUUUAUCUAGAUCUGAUGAAAGUCAUAAAGAUGUGGCUGAAGAAACAUUAAAUGAUAAUUGCAAGAAGGAGGUAUUGAAUGCCACAUUCACUCAAGGCGAAUUUGAUUCUACGCUCAUACAUGAUGGUACAGAAUAUCAUUUUCUUGAAGAUGGCCACUACUAUUUCGAAUGUCCUGGUUUAUCUCCUCCAGAGAUUGAAGAAAAUUGCCAACUAGAACCUGUCAAUGACGUACCUGAUCCUGAACACCCAAUUCGUCGAACUACUAAAAUAUCAUUUAGCACUAAUCCAAUUAAAGUUUAUAGCACUCAUUCUACGGAAGACUAUGAUAGACGGAAUGAAGACGUUGAUCCAAUUUCUGCAUCUGCUGAAUAUGAGUUGGAGAAACGAAUUGAAAAAAUGGAUGUUUUUCCUGUUGAUCUUAUUAAAGGUCCAGAAGGUUUAGGGUUAAGUAUUAUUGGAAUGGGUGUUGGAGCUGAUGCAGGAGUGGAAAAACUUGGUAUAUUUGUGAAAACAGUUACUCCAAAUGGGGCUGCUGAUAGAGAUGGAAGAAUCAAAGUCAAUGAUCAGAUUAUAGAAGUUGAUGGAAAAUCCCUUGUUGGUGUAACUCAAGCUUAUGCAGCCACUGUAUUAAGAAAUACUUCAGGACCAGUGAGAUUUGUUAUUGGACGUGAAAAAGAUGGAGUUCAAAGUGAAAUAGCACAGUUGAUUUCUCAAUCUCUGGUAGCUGACCGUGAAAGAGAAACUGAACGGCCCAGUAGUGACUUUGCUUUUGAUAAUAGAGCCCAUUUUGCUAGUGUGAUUACAGAAAAUGAACUGAAAAAGGCUAAUGAAAAGCUACAAGCAAUGGAACACAUGGAGUGUGACUACAUAAAAUGGUUAGACAUGGCUCAAUGUCAAGUUGAAGAACUAAGUCUUAGCUUACAGAAUGUUGAACAAGAGCUGUUGCAAAACAAAAGUGACUUAGAUGCAUUACAAUGCAAAUAUUCAACACUUGAAAAGAAAUACAGCAGAGCCAAGAAAUAUAUAAAAGAGUUUCAAAAAAGAGAAAAAGAGCUUAUUCAGUGGCAAGAGUAUCAUGUUCAACAACUGCAGGAGAAAGAUCAAGAAUAUAAUGCUUUGGUAAAAGCUCUAAAGGACAGGGUAAUAUUGCUUGAACAGACUCUUGUGGAGACUCAAAAGCAAGCAGGUUUUCCAACUGGUCUUCCUUAUAAUACGCCUUUAAAACAGAUCACUCCACCAUGUAGAAAUCUUGUCAGUCCACCUAAAUUUUUAAAAGUUCAGUGCUUUGAUCUGUCUGAUAGUGAAACAUCAGAUAGUGAAUUGCAGUCUCCAUUUAGUCCGGAUGAUGAGUAUUGUGAUAAACGUGCCACAUUAGAAAGACGACCAGACCGUGAAAUUUUAUUUGAUACAGCGGUUCCUCAUACUGAGCUACUUGAUACAAGUGCAGCUAAAGCGAAGGCUGAAUUGGCAAACAAAGGCAGUUUAGCUAACAGACAGCCCCCGUCUAUUAAGAAGCAAUCAUUGUCUGAUUCUUCGCCUGAUAGAAAUUCUGUCUAUGAUAUCUUUAUCAAUCCUUCAGAAAGUUUCCAGUCUAAUAACAAGGAAAAAGAUUGCAACACUACUCUGGAUGAUUUUUGUGCCAUGAUCCGUCAUAACUCUUCCGGUGAUGAUCUGAUUGAUGAUUCUAUGUGCCAAUCACCUCCAAUGACAUUGUUAGAAGAAAUGAAAGCUGCUGUUGCAGCCCGCCAAGCUCGAAUAAAUCAAAGUGCUUCUUCAGAUGACAUAUGCAUGUUUGAUCAACUUGAUUUUAGCCACGCCCAAGUAAUGACAUCACAGUCUUGCGAAGUAAUAUCUCAAUCUUCAUUUGAAAGUUAUACAAAAGUAGAAACAACCUUUAGUCGUGAAGUUUCUCAUUCACAGUCAUCAUUGUAUUCUACAUCUAGUCAACAAAAUCCAUCUGUCAAAUCUCAAGGCAACUCAUCAGAUGUCUCAGUUUCAGAUCACUCUGUUACUGCAAACAAUGCUGAAAGUUGCGUAUCUCUUUUGUCAAAUGAUAGUAAUAUUUCAGAGCCUUCCUAUCAUAACUCUCAAACUGAAAGUGCAACUUCACUUUGUUUGGAUGAGAAAACUCCAACUGCCCUUUUAUCUGAACCAGUUAAUGAGUGGAGUGCUGAGCAAGUAGCUCUUUGGCUGCAAGCACUUGGUUUUGAUCAUCAUGUUCCCCAAUUUUUAGCCUCUGACAUAACAGGCCAAAUUUUGCUGCAGAUUGAUAGUUCACGAUUAAAAGUUCUGGGUGUGUUAAGCAGUGCUGAAAGAAGUAUUAUAAAAAAGAAAGCAAAAGAAAUGAGAUUGCAACUAGAGAAAUUGCAAAAAAGCUUAGGAAAGGAACAAAAAGUAAAAGAUAAAUUAUGGAGACGAAAAUCAUCUGGGAAAAAAUAAAUAUUAAGUUUCUUAAUUUGUUAUGGGAAAUUUAUUGUACAUAAAAUUUGUGGAUAUAUACUUAAUAGAUUCACAUAAAAGUUUGUGAAUUGAAAGUUUUGUGUGUAAUUGUUAUGCAUGAUAAUUUUAAUGCUGAGCAAAUAUUUUUAUAAGUACAAGGUGUAAUACCUUAUAAGAACAUUCCAGAUUUUGCAUUUGUGAUAUAACACUAUUUUUUGAAUGAUUUUUUUUCAUUAUCUUUCUUUGGCUUGUGAAUUGACAUAUCUCAAUGACUAUUUUUGAAGCUUAGUGUUUUAUGUAAUCAUUAAAUAAUGAAUCAAACACAAUAUUUUAUGAUGGAAAAAGUUCCUGUAUUGUAUUAAUAGAUUGACGCUUUUUUGUAGUUUGGCAGCUUAAUUUUUUUUAAUUUGAUUUUAAAUGUCAGAAUUGGGAGUUUGUUUUUUGUGUUAAAUUUUUUUUAAAGUUUUUCUUUUAAAUGUUUAUGAGUGAGCACCAAAUAAAAUUCUUGCGCUUGUUCAUGGUAAUAUGAAGUUAUAAAUUAUAACUCUCAAUAAUUUUUACAACAAUAUAUACGUAUAUUGUGUCUUUUAGUCUUGUUCUUAAACUUAAGCUAAAUUAAGUAUUAGUAUUUAGUUGAAAUUUAGCUUUUGCUGCAAUUUUUAAAAAUAAAAAAUUGCAUGUGUCUUGUUUAAAUGAUUCAUCCAUGACUUAAUGAUUAAUUAUAAAUAUAAAAGGAAUUAAUUGUAUAAGUGAAUCUAUAAAAAAUGUUUAAAACCAAGCCUUUAAAUUACUUAUACUAAUAUUAAAAUUAUAUACAAAAUUAAAUUUUCAAAUUUAUAUCUAAAAAAGCUAAACAAAUUUUCAAUUCCUAAUUUUUAAAAAAAUAGUGUGUGCAAAUUAUGUUGUUUACUCGAAAUUUACUCUUAAAGUACAAUAUAAUUAAUUCACAUUGAAUUUGUUCAUAAUAUGUUUUUAUAAGUAUAAUGUCUGAUAAAUUUUAAGACGAUAUGUAUAUGUGUUUUAUAAUAUUUUUUAAAAUCUUAAGCAAUAAGUUUUUAUAUUUAGUUAAAUUUUGUAAGAUAAGGAGAAGUUUAGUAGCCCUUUAAAUUCUAUUAACUUAAAAAAAAAGAAAAAAAGGAAAAUGCCAAUUGUGCUACUUUUAGAAGUUAUAUACCCUUAAGCAUGCAUCAAGUUUAAGUUACGUUUUAAUGCAUUAAUUAUAAAUAUAAUUUAAAACAAACCUGUAACAAAUAUCUAAUUAAGUUAAUGUUUUGGAAAAUCAAAAUAAAUUUAUCAAGUUUAUAAUUUCAGUUUUAAUUCAUUAGUUAUAAACACAAAUAUAUAUUCAGUAAUAAAUGAUGAUUAAAAAUCUGAACUUUUAAAUCACUGUUUUGAAAAGUUGAAAGGACAAAUUAUAUCUAUUUUGUGCUUAAUUAUGAGCUAAAUUGUAUUGCAUCAAUUAUGUUGUAAAUUUUUUAAGUAAAAUUUUUUUUAAUUUAUAAAUUUUUUUUCAUGUAAUUUUACUCGUUCCUUAUUGAAUGGAAAUUAUCUCAAUACAUUUAUUACAUCUCGUUUCUGUAAAUAUCUCUCUAUUUAAAAGCCAUUAGAGUAUUCCUAUUUGUUACUCUGACAAUGUAUAAACUGUACAUACACCUUUACUCUUUUAAAACUGCUUAUUAUUCUAAAAUUUGUUAAAAAAUGACAGCUAGCUAUAUAAUUACUUUAAAAAGAGCUGUAUGAUUCUUUCAUUUGAAAAUAUAGAAUCGCAGUCAGAGAAGUAUAUUUUAAUGAAAAAUUUAUUUAAAUAUUAUAAUUUAUCUAAACUCCUGAUUGCAUAUACUAUUAUUAAAAUGCAGCUUCUAUUAGAAGCUUACAUCUAUUAAUGUCAGCUUUUUAAUGUUAUGAAUUAUCAUCUGUUCCAUUUUCAGCUAUAAAUCAUUUGCAUGAAAAGCCAUUAAUAUUUUUAAUAACUGAAAGCACUAUUAUUCAAUAAUUUAUGAUUUUUAUUAUUUAAAAAAUUUGUUUAAUCAAUUUUAAUUAAAUGUUUUACUAAUGUUGUCCCUUAUUUUCUGUUUAAGUAUUCUUUAUUAAAAAUUUCUUAAAAUUUAUUUCUAUACUUAGGUUUAAUUUUUAUUAAUGUCACUCUAAAGCUACAUUAAUGGUAAAAUUUAUUCAACAGAGACUUAAAAAUAAAUAUUUAAAUCAUUAUAAGUGCUAAUAAUUGUAAAUAAAUAAUGAUCCAAAUCAUAUUUUUUUGAAUCAUUGUUUAGGAUUUUUUUGGACUUCAUGUUAUUAAUUGUCCAGUUUAUAACUUAUUUGUAUUCAUUUUAGUUCCAUUAUGUAGUUAAUUAUUUAGUAUAUUUUUAAUUAAUGUUCUUAAUUGAUAGUGAUUGUGGAUUUGUAUCACAUUAUUUAAAAUUCAAAGUUUUAUUUAAAUUUUUAACAUUUUCUCCCUUUUUUCAAGAGCAUGAGAAAAAAUAAAAAGUGCUGCUCUUCAGUUUUAGUUCCAAAAAAUUUGUACUUUGUUUUUCUAGUUCUGUUGAAUUUUUAUUUUAGGCCUUGUAAGUCUAAUUCCUCACUAUAAUAUUGCAAUAAGAAUGAUAAUGCAUCUAUAUUUGAAAUUUCAAUGUGACUUGUGAAAUAAUUUUUUUAUCAAUACGAAGAUAUUAAUAUAUUAAAUUUUGUUGUUAUUAUAAUUAAUUAUGUACACAAUUUUUUUGUGUGCAUAUUUUAAGAUAUUGUUUAUUUGCAAGCAAAGAAAAACAAAUGAUUGCAAGCAAAGAAAAGAAAAAUGUUUUUUUAAAAUUUAUGUAUUUAGAUUGAUAGCAGCUUUUGUAUUUAAACACUUGAAAUUAAUAUUUUUAUAACUUUUUAUAUUCCUGGUGAUAAAUAUGAGGCUUUUAGUUUCUAAAGCAACUGUUUUUGGUUGUAUUAGAGUAACCUAAGACAGUUAAAGAAUUCCACUAAAACUGGUAAAAGCCUGGAAAAAAGUGGAUCAAGUUGGUUUAAAACCAAAUGCCUUGUAUGUAAUACUUCCUCUCUAUUUUUUUUUCAGUUUUCAUUGUUUCAUUUUUUUAUUAUAAAAGUUAAUCAUUAUUUUUUUUUAAUAAAAUUUUUACCUUUGAGUGUUUGUAAAGAAGUUUUUUUUCCUUCACUCAACUUUUUGUUGAAUAAAACUUGUUUGUAAUGCUAGGGAGUAGCUUGAUUAAAAUACUGGCAUAUUCCAGAUUUAACACUCAGAGUUUGAAAAAUCCCACCUAAAUUUUUUUUUUU